UCAAGAAUUCUCAGUAUGCUGUCAGUGAAGCAAAGCCAUGAAACCCCAACUGCUUCACAGCUUUCUUUUCCAAUUCUUCUUGCUUUGCACGGCGGCGUCGGAGAAUGAAGCUCAGAGCACCGGCGAAACCAUCGUCUUUACUACACUCGGCCGAUCAGAUUACGCUUGGGACAUCUUCACCCUUCCAUCCUCGGACCCACCAAAUCCUUCAAAUGAACAUCGUAUUACCGACGGCGUAUCUGUUAACUUCAACGGCCACUUGCCUUCAUCCCCAUCGUCCUCUAUUCUAUCUCUGUUGCGCAACCGAAGCCUAAUUCAAGCCCCAAGUCCACAAGCUCCGACGGGGCUACAGCUCAUCUACGUGACGGAACGGAACGGGAUGACGAAUAUUUACUACGACGCGCUUUACUGCGGUGUGUUGCGAAGUUCUAGAUCGAGAUCGGCGCUUGAAACUCCCGUUCGGGUUCAGGCUCCUUUGCUGGGUUUAGAAGAGAGCAAGCAUCGGGUUUCGAUGAAAGAUAGACCGAGUUUGAGUGGGGAGAAUUUAAUUUACGUUUCAACUCAUGAGGACCCGGGUGAACCCAGGACGAGUUGGGCUGCUGUGUACUCCACUCAUUUAGGGACCGGGUUGACUCGACGACUCACUCCUUACGGAGUAGCCGAUUUCAGCCCCGCAGUGUCUCCAUCUGGGGUUUGGACAGCUGUGGCUUCGUACGGGGAAGAUGGUUGGGAUGGAGAAGUGGAAGAACUGAGUACUAAUAUUUAUAUUUUCUUGACUCGUGAUGCGACUAACCGAGUCAAGGUUGUUGAACACGGUGGGUGGCCGUGUUGGGUUGAUGACUCGACUCUGUAUUUCCAUCGGAAAAGUGAUGACCAGUGGAUGAGCGUUUACAAAGCAACUUUCCCUAAAGAUAAACCGAUUUUAGCCAACUCAGUGAAGAUUCAACGAGUCACACCACCGGGUCUCCAUGCUUUCACCCCAGCUACUUCACCAGGUAACCAUAUGUUCAUAGCAUUAGCUACAAGAAGACCCAAUUCAAGUUUUCGUCACAUAGAGCUCUUUGACACUGUUAAAAACGAGUUUAUUGAGCUAACUCGACAUGUGUCUCCUACAACCCAUCACUUCAACCCGUUUAUAUCACCUGACUCAGCUCAAGUUGGGUACCAUAAGUGUAGGGGAGAAAACAAUGGAGGACAAACUAGCCAAUUAUUGCUUGAAAAUGUUAAAAGCCCAGUUGCAAAUCUCUCUCUUUUCAGAGUCGACGGUUCAUUCCCCACUUUCUCAACCGCGGGUGACCGAAUAGCCUACGUGAAUUUCCCUGGUAUUUAUGUAGUGAACCGGAAUGGUUCAAACCUGCGCCGGGUUUCCCCCUUAAAUGCUUUUGCAAUCGCUUGGGAUACGGUCAGGAAAGGAAUUCUAUACACAAGUGCUGGACCGGAGUUUUCAAGUGAGAGCACAGAAGUUGAUGUUGUAGCCAUUGACGUCGAUAAUGUUGACGGAUCAAACCAUAGAAGGUUGACUGUAAAUGGUAAAAACAAUGCAUUUCCCUCACCAUCCCCGGAUGGAAAACGGAUCGUGUUUAGGUCGGGUCGGACGGGUCACAAGAACUUAUAUAUAAUGGAUGCGAUUGAAGGGGAGAUGGGUGGGCUCCAAAAAUUAACGGAUGGCCCAUGGACAGACACAAUGUGUAAUUGGUCACCGGAUGGUGAUUGGAUCGCAUUUGCUUCAGACCGGCAUAAUCCGGGUUCAGGUUGUUUCGAAUUAUAUCUGAUCCACCCAAAUGGUACCGGAUUAAGGAGGUUGAUAAGCAGUGGGAAGUCAGGUCGGACCAACCACCCGUCAUUUAGUCCGGAUGGAAAGACAAUAACGUUUACUACAGAUUAUGGGGGAAUAUCAGCUGAGCCGAUCUCAAACCCACAUCAGUUUGGUCCGUAUGGUGAGAUAUACACGAUCAAAUUGGACGGUUCUGAUUUGAAGAGGUUGACUCACAAUUCCUAUGAAGAUGGGACCCCCUCAUGGGCCCCAGUAUACAUUAGCCAAGUUGACGUGGUGUGGUCUAAGAGGACCCAAUGUGCUUUUGAGGAUUGUCAUUGGCUCAAUAAAAUGUCUGGUGGGCGUGGCACCAUGGUAGAACCGUUGGGGUUAGCCGAGUCUCAAUGCGGUGCAUGAUUUUCAAUUCUAAUCACUUGGACUAUUCAAAAGAAAAUAUAAUUUUGUAUUUGUAGCAUUGUGAAUAUGCAUGGUGAUAAAUGGAGACGGUAUUUAAAUGCAUUAACACCAUGCUCAAUUCUCGUCAAGCAGCAGAAACCAUGAAUUUGUCGCUCUUGACAUUGAAGGGUGGAUUCAUGUUAUUUUAACAAAUCCUAGUUACUUUGGUUGAUUCGUUCAACGAGCGAUUGAGAUUUGCUAUUUGGGGUUAUCAUUUGGAACUUGUGGAUACACGGGAACGCCAUUGUCUUCGAUUCUCCUCUUGAUGACAACGAUUCGGUGUUGGUGCGUAGCUACCGCCUGCUUGAUUUAUAUCGGGUUGUUUUGUCCAAAAA